AUGGGUUCGCUAUCACGGUCUCGUAUCCAUGAGUGGUUGCACAAGAUCGAUGACGGGCUUGCAUCAUCCAACGACCCGAAAUGGUCGUUACCAAGUCGCAAAUCCUUCAAGUCUCAAGUAACCCGCAUCGAGAGCCCGACGGGCGAAGGCAAUACUGACAACAAAUACACUGGCUUUUUACCCCAACAGAUCGGAUAUGUACCAUAUGUACCACGAAUCCAGAAUCACCUACCGGAAGCAGGUGAGACACCACGCCAUAUCCAGUCAGAAGGUCUUAAGCGACAGCCCAUGCCUUCCCACAAAGUUACUAGCAUGGGAAAGAAAGGGAAAUAUGGAUAUGAACGCCGACCACGCCACAAGACCAAGGACGAUCGUUAUGAGUACAAGGGAAAGACCACUCUUGAAAAAGACGAGAGAGCUACACACGAAAAGCUUCAAUCCAACAUGAAUUUAGGUCUAUCCCAGAUGGGCAAGACAUCAUCCCCCAUCAAGGCUUGUCAAGAGGCCGAUCUGAGUUUUGCAGAAAUGAAGUGCGAAAAACCCGCGAUCUAA